AUGUCGUGUGCGGGCGGUGCUGCAGCUGCGACGCCGGGCAAGUUUUCGGUCCUGAGCUGCGGCACCGGAGCUCGCACCCGCCAACUCGGGACGAUCCAGACACACAAGCCAUGUCCACGGGAGUCCGUGCUUCACUACGAUCACGACUACCUACGACUACAACCACGACCACGACUACAAUCACGACCACGACCACGACCACGACCACGCUACAACCACGACUACCACCACGACACCGACCACGACCACGACCACGACCACGACCACGACCACGACCACGACCACGACCACGACCACGACCACGACUACACUACAACCACGACUACAACUACAACCACGAUCACGACUACAAUCACGACUACGACCACGACUACACUACAACCACGACACAGACUCGAUUUUUACCGAUGCGUCGUGUCAUGUCAUCAUCGCCUACGCAAAUGUGGUACAACGCCGAGCCUCUUACUACCUACAAAUACGAACAGCUGGCUUCAGGUAUCUAUAGCAAUCAUUAGCAACUCACAAUAA